CAGAGUGGGUGUGGAGGUGCGGAUCGAAACAAUAAAUUAUUAUUCCUCACCGCCUUCCGUUUCUGUCCCUCUCCCGUUUCUAUUUUUCUACCCCGUCUCUUUCUCUCCUCUAUGUACACCGUCAACCUGUGCCUGUGCCUGUGCGUGUGCGGGUUCCGCAAGGGACAGUGGGGGAUGUCACGGGUUCGCCUUGAAACUCCCCUCCCUCUCUUCUCUCUCUCCUGAUGCCAGACAGACAGACAGACACAUAUUCUCACACCAGCAAACCGAGGAAAAAGACAACCACCAGAACCCCACACCCACGCCCCCUACUGCUCCUCCUGCCGCGUCUUUCUCAUCACUCCUUCUAGUCCUUCUUCUCGUAACAGUCCCAUUUCAAACACAUAAACACACACACACUCUGUCUAGGCCUUCCGUUUGCAAGUUUGGCUUUGUCGCCAAUCUAUCUCAACUUUUUUCCAUAUUUCCUGUUCUCUCACUUAAUGAGCUUUUUUCCAUAUUUUUCUCUCCUGUUUCCGUCCCUGUCUUCUAAUUUCGGUUUGUAUUCACUCUCUCUGUUUCCCUUCCUUUCUAGAAUAAGUGGGAUUUAGUUUGCGAUGGAUAUUUUGGUGGAGAACUGUGAGGGGAUAAUGCUAUCAGUUGAGUCACACAAGUCGGUUCCGGCCCCUUUCCUCACCAAGACCUACCAGCUCGUGGACGAUCCUUCCACUGAUCACAUUGUCUCUUGGGGAGAAGACCACUCCACCUUCGUCGUAUGGAGACCACCUGAGUUCGCACGCGACCUCCUCCCCAACUACUUCAAGCACAACAACUUCUCCAGCUUCGUCCGCCAACUCAACACCUAUGGGUUUAGGAAGAUAGUUCCAGAUCGUUGGGAGUUUGCGAACGAGUACUUUAGAAAGGGAGAGAAGCAGCUUCUAUGUGAGAUCCACAGGCGAAAGACUCCUCACCACCCGCCACAGGCGUUGCUGCCCUUUGCCCCAAGAUUAAUGGCCCCGCCGUCGCCAUUCAUGGAUUCGGAUGAUCGCGGCAUGUGGUGCGACUCAACCUCGGAGUCGUCUUCUCCAAGCCCACCUUUGCUUAGCAACGGUGCAGGCACUGUCUCUGCACUCUCUGAAGACAAUGAGAGGCUCAGGCGGAGCAACUCCAUGCUUCUCUCCGAACUCGCUUACAUGAGAAAGCUCUACAACGACAUCAUUUACUUUGUCCAGAACCACGUCGUCCCUGUUGCCCCUUCUAAUGCCUCGUCAUCUAGGCUCAUUGAACCUAGCUCUUCGCUCACUCAUGUGAAUGCGAGGGCUGGGUUCACUUUACUGGGUUCGCACCGCUGCCACACGAAUAACACUUGUAGCACCUCAGGGAGCUCGGUGACUGUGGUGGAGGAGAGUAAGCCAAGGCUGUUUGGGGUGCCCUUGCAAGCGAACAAGAGGCCGCACCCUGACCCCAGCCCAGAUGACGUAGCCACCUGUGCCUCCACCACAGCGCCUCCACACAAGUGGGCUCGUGGCUUGGUCGAGACUGUGUCCGUGUUAUCUAAGGAGGACGACUUGGCUUUGAAUCUUAAGCCUCCUUCUGUUUCUUCUUCUUCUCCCACGCAUCUGAAGCUCGAUGCGCCAGCCUGAGGAGAAAGUCAGAAGCCAGUACACGAAAGUGGCUCUCUUCUUUUUUUUUUUUUUCUUUUUUUUGUUUCUUUUGCAGAGGGGGUGGAUUGCUCAUGGAUUAGUCGCUGGUGCUUUGGUUCCUUUAGUGAUCAAUUUGCAUUCGACCCAUGCAAAUUUAUAAAUAUAUAUUUGACAUUAACCUUAUCACAAACCACUUGUUAGAAAGAUGAGCAACCCACAAAGAUGGAAAAAAUUUGCAAUGGGGGCAAAAGAAAGAAAUCGAAUUUGGAGAAUGUAAUGUAUCAUGGUGAUGGUCAUCAUCUCAUCUUCAUUCAAUGCUGUCGUGCCUAGAGACUGGGGAGAGAGCACCCACGUCAACAACAACCCAUUAUGGCUCCACAGUGGACGGGUCAUCGGUGUUUGUAUUUACAAGGAUCGUCUUCAUUCACAGAGGUUAGGACCGUUUCCAGCCCACCCUUUCAGGACAUGUUUAAGCAGGACUAGCACCGGUUAGAUAACCCUCUCUCUCUGCUAGAAUAGUGGCUCGAGAGGCGCUUCUCUCUUUUUCUCUCUCUAGAAACAGGUUAAUUUCUCUCUCGGACACCCAAAAACUCAAUGCUGUUGAUCUCUCUCGUCACUUUCUCUCUUCUCGCAGUUCUCACAGUCCUCUCACUCAUUUGCUUCCUCACUCUCCCCCAUCUUGUCUCUCUCUCUCUCUUAACUGUUGGAUUUCCACCGGGUCGGGCCAGGGUUUCGGUGUUUCGAGAGGUAGGAUAUAAAGUGAAGAGGAAAGCGUUGGACUGCAAGGAUCAUCUCAAAAUAAUUUUGAUUUCUUUUUUUUUUGGGUAAUUCAAGAGAGAAGACACGUCUUUAUCCGUUUUUUUAAUAAAUUAGGGAGUUGUAUUUUAAAGGUAUUUUAAUUUAUUUUUUUUGAGUAAUUCAGUAGCAAGAUAGGCACU